AUCAAUCAAUCAAUCAUGUUUGAAUCAUCAUCAAUCAGAUUUUUAUGGUUAAUUUUCCUCAUCAUCUUUUCAUCAUCAUCAUCAUCAUCAUCAUUAUCGUUAACUAAUAACCAUGAUCGAAAAAAUGAUCAUUAUCAAAAACAAAAUGAUAAUAAUGAUAAUAAUGAUCUAAAAACACAAGAAUCAUUUACAACCGGUGCAUUAGGACCAAUACUUGGUGAAUCAUAUUUAGAUAAUAAUAAUAAUAAUGGUCAUUAUGGUGGUGGUAUAUCAAGUUAUGAUGAUCUUUAUAAAUAUGGUGGUAUUGGUAGUGGUGGUGGUAAAAAUAUUCUUGGACAUUAUGGUGGUGAUGAUAAUAUUUCGAAUGAUGGUUAUAAAAAUUAUGGUGACAGUGAACAUUUGGAUCAAGGUUUAAAUAAAUACAAUGGUCAUCAUAAAAGAGAUAAAUAUGGUGGUAAAAGUGGUAAUCAUAAAGAUUAUAAUGAUCAUCAUGUUUAUCAACGUAAUCGUGGUUAUGGUUAUGAAAAACAUUUUGUUUAUGAUAAAGAAUAUUCAACAGGGAAAUCUAGCGGUACAAAAAAUGGUCAUCAUUCAUAUUAUGGUGAUCAUGAUCAUGGAUCUAAAUCCACUAUGGAUAUGCAUAAAAAUUAUGAUAGUAAAAAAUAUGGUACAAAAAUUGAAUCAAAUGAUCCACAUUUAAUUAUUGAUAAUGAUCAUUAUGAUGAUCAUGGUCAUGGUCAUGGCCAUUCAUCACAUUAUCCAUCAUUAGAUUUAAACAAAAUGAAUUUAUUAAAACAUAAAAAAGAAUUAUUGAAAAAACAUUUAGAUCAUCAACAUUAUUAUCAUAAUGGUCAUCAUCAUAAUGGUAAUCAUCAACCAACAAUACAUCAUACUUAUUCGAAAAUUCACGAUCAUUUACCGGGUGGAUACAGUGGUGGAAAUAGUUAUUCAACACAUCUUACACCAUUUCUUGGUCAAACAUAUCAUUCUGGUUCAUCAUUACUGUCACCAAAUUCAUAUGAUCAACAACAAUAUUCCGGUUAUAUACCACAACAAACUAUUGGUGGUUAUUAUGAUAAUAAUCAUCCAGAUUAUCUUGAUAAUCUUUAUCUAUCCAGUAGUAGUAAUAAUGCAAAAAAAUUACAAAAUACAAAUUCAACAUUAAUUAAUACAGAUACUGAAGGUGAAAGUAUUAAUACAUUAUUACCACCAGGUAGUAAUAGUGGUAUUGGAUCAAUGCCAUCAUCAUCAUCAUUACCAUCAACAACAUCAUCAAUGGUAAAUAUGGCACCAUUAAUAUCAACACGAUUAUCAUCAUUAUCAGCCGAACCAAUUGAAAUGAUGAUGAUUAAACCGCAACAAUCAGGACCAGAACCACGUAUAACAACUGUUGCUGAAAGUUUUGCACGUAUACAGAAUGCAGUACAUGCAACACCACCAAUUAUUUCUACACAUCAUUAUCGACAAUAGAUUUAAACAGAUCAGGCAACAACAACGAUUCCUGUAACGAAAAA